CGCCUGUACUUUUUUCAAAUUCCAAAAUCCCCCUUCUGAAAGCUGACAUUUUUCUCUUCAAUUCUCUCUUUAGGGUUUUUUGAAUCUUCAACAGCUCCUUUUUCUUCCUUCAAACUAGGGCUUUAGAUUCCAUUCUCUUUCCCUUUGGAUCCCAAUUUCUCAAUUUAGGGUUUUUCAAUGCCUGAUUUUUGAAUGAUUCAUCGACUUUCUCUUUUGAAGGUAUAGCCUGUGUCACUUCGAUAUAAAACUGGAGUUAUCAGCAUGUUUGGCUUCAACAUUAGCAGAUUUACAAUCAUAAGCUUUUUCUUCCAUUUGGCUGAAUGGCAUCCUUUGGAAUAGCAAAGAUGCAUAGGGCUUGAGCCCUCUCUAUCCCACUCUUGUAUUUCAGAAUUAGGAGUUGAUUUUCUUUCGCGGCUGAGAAUUUUGGUAACUGCUUUAAAGUUUGAGCUUUUGAUGUAUCAUAAGAACUAUUCACUUGCCAGAGUAAUGGGCUGUUGUAGCUGUUUUGGGUUCUGGAAGCCCAAACGGAGAACUAGGCCCAUUUCUGUGAGGAAUCAUAAUCUCUCCCAGGAGUUUUUGUUGGAUGAAGAAAUUGAUGAUGAUUAUGAUGGUUCAUAUAAUGGUGAAAUCACUGACACUGCUUAUGGAGAGGAUGGCGAGUUGCCAACCCGUGUCAAACGUUCAGAGGAGAUUUUAAGAUUUAGAGAACAGAAUGGAAUGAUUUGCAGGCAAUUUCCUGUCAAGGAAACCCAGAGACUUGUUCGCUCUGAGGAUGAGGAUGGUAAUAAGAUGGUCAAUGAAUAUGUUCGUGUGGGUAAGAUUGGUGCUGGUAGCUAUGGCAAAGUGGUUUUGUAUAGGAGCAGCAUAGAUGGAAAGAAUUAUGCAAUUAAGGCUUUUCAUAAGUCUCAUUUAUUGAAACUGCGGGUUGCACCUUCUGAGACUGCAAUGAGCGAUGUUCUUCGUGAGGUUUUAAUCAUGAAAAUGUUGGACCAUCCUAAUAUUGUCAAUCUCAUUGAGGUGAUUGAUGACCCAAACACAGAUCACUUCUACAUGGUUCUUGAAUAUGUAGAUGGAAAAUGGGUUUGGGAAGGUUCUGGUCCUCCUGGUGGAAUUGGAGAAAAUACUGCUAGAAAGUACCUGCGGGAUAUUGUAUCUGGGUUAAUGUAUCUCCAUGCCCAUAAUAUAGUGCAUGGUGAUAUUAAACCUGAUAAUCUGUUGGUUACUCGUUCGGGUACUGUGAAGAUUGGAGAUUUUAGUGUUAGCCAAGUAUUUGAGGGUGAUAAUGAUGAGCUUCGGCGAUCUCCUGGGACACCUGUUUUCACAGCACCUGAGUGCUGUCUAGGGCUGACCUACCAUGGCAAAGCUGCUGACACAUGGGCAGUGGGAGUGACUUUAUACUGUAUGAUUCUUGGACAAUACCCAUUUCUUGGAGAAACUCUGCAGGAUACAUAUGACAAGAUUGUUAAUAACCCUUUAGUGCUCCCGAAUGAAAUGAACUCGCAGCUGAAGGAUUUACUUGAAGGACUUCUUUGCAAAGACCCAAAGCAAAGGAUGACAUUAGAUUCUGUAGCAAGUCAUAAUUGGGUCAUUGGAGAAGAUGGGCCAAUUCCACAGCAUCUAUGCUGGUGCAAGCGUAAUAGCCUUCAAACGAAAUUCGAAACACACAUGACCCUCAUUGAAUCCGAUGAGACUCGUACUGACUAAGAAUUGUUUCCAAGUAUGGAUUUUUUUUUUCCAUGUAUAGUAGGAAACCCAGGAUUCUCUUUCAUUUUGUUUUACUUUUUAAAUUUGGCUUAUCAAAUAUGAAUGGAGACCAGUUUUUAGCAAAGUUUUCUGGAAUAUAUGAGAUUUGAGAGACAGUUUUCAUGCUGGUGAUUGAGCUUUUGAAUGAAACAGAAGAAUAUGUAGGUCCUUGGGAUAAGUUUCCAUUAAUAUUUUUUCUUGUGUAUUUGACCUGAUAUUGGGAAUAUGAUAUUUGAGGUGAGUUUUUGUCUGUAGAAAA